AUGCUCAUGUCAACUCAGCCACUAGUAUGCGUUGCUGAGCUAGUCGUAUCGAAGAUACAUUGGGUCAAGAUGACGUUUCGCUUUCUGGUGAUCCUCGCUGUGAUAGCCAUGCUCCAUCUAGCCAUCGCUUUCCCACAAGCAUAUUCAGUAGGAGCACUAGCCCAGCCGGUGAUUGUUCCACAGCCGAUACUGAUAGGAAAUCCACUAAUCUCGCCUGCAGUUGCUGUUCCUUCACCAAUUAUCGGUUAGAACAAUUAUACUUAGAUUAUCCCUUCCACCCGCAUUUAUUCUUUGCUACUUUGCACUCAACCAUACGAUGUAUCUCAAGAUUUUCCCUCAAGUAUGCUCACUAUUGUAUAAAAGAAAUAAAUUUUUUAC